AUGGCUUCCUCAAGGGAGACAGAGGUCCAGGUGUCUCCAGCAACGUCAUCAUCAUCGGUGAAAUCCCAUUUAUUUGAAAGAUCUCCGUCCGUUUCAUCAACCUCAACAAAAGAAGACAGAUGGCCGGAACUCUUGUUAGCCAGGCCUCACAAAUUCUCCUACUACAGCUCAAAGACUCGGGAUCCCGUGGUAAUAGAACGAAGUAACCUCGUCAACAUCUCAAAAUUAAUCGUAAAGGAGCUGAUUGAACAAUCGCUACGUUAUGGCAGAAUGCUCGACAGUGACCACUUGCCCUUGCAUCACUUCUUUAUUGUUCUCGAGCAUGUUAUGCGCCACGGCCUUAAACCCAAAAAGGGAUUAUUGGGUCCUAAGAAAGAGCUGUGGGACAUUUUGCAAAUGGUUGAAAAAUAUUCACCAGAGGCUGCUGAUAUCACAGCAAGUGUCAGAGAUCUUCCAACGGUCAAGACUGCCAUGGGACGAGCACGAGCCUGGUUAAGACUAGCUUUAAUGCAAAAGCGUCUUGCCGACUAUCUACGAAUCCUUCUAGAACACCGCGAGGAUACCUUGGAAGAAUAUUUUGAACCACACGCUCUGAUGCUUAAUGAGGAAGCCGUCAUCAUUACCGGCGUGCUCGUUGGACUUAACGUUGUUGAUUGUAACUUGUGUGUUAAGGAAGAAGAUCUUGACAGUCAACAAGGUGUGAUAGACUUCUCUCUUUACUUACGAGGCAGCAACUCUUCCAACGACUUAACUGGUAAUGGCAAUAGCGGCGACGCUGAACCUAAGCAACGCCACAUCAACACAAUGCUCGACCAAAAGAAUUACAUUGAGGAGCUAAACCGUCAUCUCAAUGCGACUGUAGCGAAUCUCCAAGCCAAAGUUGAGAGCCUGACAACGACCAAUGCACUCAUGAAAGAAGAUAUGGCCAUCGCCAAAAACACAAUGAUUACAUUGGUUGAAGAAAACAAUCAACUUAAACAUGCUUUGGGUCAAGAUAUAACUAAAGAUACAAGGAUGAAAGUCACGGAAUUGCAAUCUGAUGAAGAGGAGAAACGUAGUGUGAAGAGCAUUACAUCUGAUAAGUCUAAAAAUGAUAGUGAAUCCAGCAAAAUGUUGGAAGAAGAAAGAAAGAAAUAUUUAGAGCUUCAGAAGGAGCUAGACUUGCAGAUUUCACUGAAAGCGGAAAUGGAGGUCGCUAUGAAAUUAUUAGAGAAAGACAUUCACGACAAACAAGAUACUAUUAUAUCGCUAAGGAGGCAACUCGACGAUAUAAAACUUAUCAACUUAGAGAUGUACAAAAAAUUACAGGAAUGUGAAAGUUCCUUGAAACAUAAAACAGAGCUAAUAGCCAAAUUGGAAGCAAAGACUGAAUCGAUGGGCAGCACGAUACAUCAACUCGAUGAGAAAUUACAAGGAGACAAGUUAGCCAGAAAGAGUUUGGAAGACAGCGCAAGAUCCUUGGGUCAGAAAGCGGCCAACGCAGAAUCGAAGGCCAUAGCUGCUGAAGGGGACCUUAGGAUAGAGAGGGAAUGGAGGAUAUCUUUACAAGAAUCUAUGAUGCGAGAUCGUGAUAAGAUAUCGUUGUUGACUCAAGAAGUGGAGUCUCUCAAAUCAAUCGGUCAGAAAUACCUCGCCCUGCAAGAAGAACAACAUAUUUUAAAAACACAAUACCACGAAGCUCAAAAGACUUUAGAAGAAGUAGGUGCAACAUUGAGCGAGAACAAACUACAGUUAGCUGAACUUUUAGAAAAGGAAGCCAAAACACAAAACGUCGAAGAAGCCCCUACCUGGAUGCAUGAUAAGGACGCGACAGCAUGUACAGCGUGUGCCAAAGAAUUCUCAAUAGCUAGGCGGAAACACCAUUGUCGACGUUGCGGCCAUAUAUUCUGUGCGGCGUGUAGCGAGAAGACGGCGGCGCUGGCCGGCAACACCAAGCCCGUGCGGGUUUGCGACUCGUGCUACAUUGAACUGACACUCGCAUAG